CACACCACACCUCUGUCGCGGAGGAUCCAGGAGCGUCGAACGACUUCACUAGCUAAAGUACCAGUACAAAAGAUAGAGAGCAGCAGUCUCCCGCGGGUCGUCGCAGGGUGUACGUGAACGUGAGAUUCGGAGUUGCCGUGCGGUGCGGUGUGUAACACUCCAAUUUAUAAAAUCUGUGGACGCCGCGCGAAAGCCGAAUCUCAGUAGGCUGCUCCUCACAAGGUGAUCCCUACUUUCUGGCUAUUUCAUUAGUAACAUCGUGCAACGAGCCACACACCCAGUCGGCCAACAAGUCUCAGUCAGUCAGUCUGUCGACAGCGCGGCCAGUGCUCUCAGGGAGUGCUUCUCAGGCCUGUCGUAUUUAUUUAUUUAUCGAUUUGCUUGAAACGUUCCAAAGGGACUCGCACACGCCGCACCGAAUUGACCAAGCCAGAGGCUACGGGAGCACCGUGGAAGAGCGUCACAACGAGAACUAGUAAUCGUGAAGGGCCUCGUCGACCGGCGACUUAUACGUACGCUGUACCAAGGAUCAAGGUUCACUCGAUUCCACGAGGUUUUUCAGGAAGGCAACGAUCUUACUGCUGUGCUUCAUCAAGAUCACCGGAGAUUUUGGAAAUUGUAGCGGGUAUCUUUACUUGAAACGGUUGACCCGCUUCCCGCAAGUCGCAAACGAUUAAACGGUCUUACCGACUACACUUAAUCAUCAAGAUGAACAAGAUGGAUUACAUGAAGGUUACUGGGCCCAACUACUCCUACGUCUUCAAUUUUGAAGAGGAAUUCAUUCAUCAGGACACGAGGGCUUGGAUGACCAAACACUGGACGAAUUGUUUCUACUUCUGCGGUAUCUAUAUGAUACUGAUCUUUGGCGGACAACACUACAUGGCUAGCAGACCGAAAUUCGACCUCAGAGGGGUUCUCAGUCUCUGGAACACACUCCUCGCGACUUUCUCCAUAAUAGGAUUCACCAGGACCGCUCCAGAGUUCAUUCAUGUCCUCAGGAACUAUGGUCUCUACCACAGCGUGUGCAUACCCAGCUUCAUCGAGGAUGAUCGCGUAUCCGGUUUCUGGACAUGGAUGUUCGUGCUCUCGAAGGUUCCUGAAUUGGGCGAUACGGUAUUUAUCGUAUUGCGGAAACAACCGCUGAUCUUCUUGCACUGGUACCAUCACGUUACGGUCCUCCUCUACGCAUGGUUCUCCUAUACCGAGUAUACGGCGUCCGCCAGAUGGUUUGUCGUGAUGAACUACUGCGUGCACUCGAUAAUGUACUCCUAUUACGCCCUGAAAGCAAUGCGAUACUCACCUCCAAAAUGGAUCUCAAUGGUGAUCACGGGGCUACAACUGACGCAGAUGGUAAUCGGUUGUGCGAUCAACGUAUGGGCAUACCAGUACCUUGAGUUAAAUCAAGUAGAGUGCCACAUCUCCAGGAUAAACAUCAGGCUGAGCUUGAUGAUGUACUUCAGCUACUUUGUCCUCUUCGCGAGAUUCUUCCACAAGGCUUAUUUGGGAGGUGGACGCUCCAGGUCCGAUAAGAAGAUGUACAGCAAUGGAAACAGUCAUAUCGCCGCGGAUUACAGCAACGGCAAGCUCAAAGCCAAUUAGACACCUCCGACGCCUCUCGAUCCUAAGUAAGUAAAGCUAUAUAUUGGGAUAACCGGAGGAGCGUAUCGUCGUUCUUGUCUCUCUGCGUGCAACUCUAAUCGAUCUACGAUUAAUAUAUUGUACGACGUGCGACGUUCCUAGCCCGUUCUGGUCACAUCUCGUUUCACCAGGUUACCAAAUGCAACGUGAGAGGCAAUCUUCGUCACAAGCGGAAAAUCUCGUGAGUCGCCAUGCAGCCCUGUUCAAUUCUGACCGCUCCACUCGCCCGAUUCGCAUUACAAUCUUUAGACAUAUUAUACUACUAAUCGCAAGUACUAACAACCGUUAUCACAUUUACAAUAAUUAUCUGCUACUUAGUACAUGAAGUAGAACGUCUUUCGAGAAGAACGUAGUAAAAUUUGCAGAAUUAGCUAAAGAUUUGUUUAAACGUCGAUGCAGACGUUUAAGCGUGUAGAAUAAUAGGCAACCCGACUUCCAUUUUGGAUCAUUACCAAGGAUCAGCGAGUGGGUGCUACUGCAAGCUUACGGGAUGUUUCGUACCCGUCCUUUUUAUCCAGGUAGCGCUUUUUUGGCCAUUUUCUGAAUUCUCGAGAAUACCGUUAGAGCUCUCAGCUUAUUCCAGUCAUCGUGGCAUAACGAACGAAUGUUUACGAAAAUAAAACAAAAGUAGGCAAGUAAGCCCAUCAGGUUGAUCUCGUCGAGAUUUUGUAGCUUGUAUUGUCGACCACCGGUUAUCUCUAAUAUUAAUAAAUACUUAAUUCGUCCCGCGAUAAGAUAACGCACUGUUGGGACAACAUGAGGGUUUCAAUUGAUAAGAGAAGAAAAGGCGACGAACAAAAAUUGUUAAAAAAAAAAGUUUAAGAAAUGUGUUUAAAUCUGUAUGAUAACACGGGUCAACGUCAGCAGAGUUCACUUAGUGACUGAUUGCGUAUCGCUUCGUACCAAAGAUAUCGAAGAGCCUUUCUCUCUGGAAGAGAGGACGUUCUCGGAAGAGUGAGAAGGUUAUGACGUUCGGCGGACCGCGAAGGAAAAAGGAACGAAAGCGAAAAAGGAAAGAUAAACGUGAGCUUGCACGAUCGUGUGCGAGCUUCGGCAAUUCAAAAUGAGGAUUAGAAUCAAAUUGAGAUUGAUAAUCGAAAAAGAUUAUUUUUGCGCCAGCGGGGCUGGCCGUCGGGACGUUGCAAUCGACGCUAAUCUCGAAUUAACUGGUGGUAGCAUGGUAAGGGUGGAUUUAAUAAAGUGGGUCGGGGAUAUAUGGGUACCUGGGCACAAGGGUUUGACGUUCGAUCGUUCGCGAGCAGUCUGACUCUAUUGUGAGGACUUAAUAAUGAAUAAUAUCAUAAUUUUAUUAUUGUCAAUUUAUUAAUAUAUUCUUUAAAAGUUAUUUAUAACGGGUGGGUCGUUCGGUCUUUCGGUCUUUCGGUCUUUCGGUUGUUCACCUUAUUCUCCAUUGGUAAUACUGUGCGCGGAGCUACGUCCUUAUUGCGACGCAAAACAUUUCUGGACUCUCGGAUGGUGUUUUGUCUUUGCGUGCUAACGCAUCGCCCGGAGAGAGAUCGUGAAAGGUACAUUUCAAGAUAGCUCAAUUUUGCCUUGCGGCUCAAUUUCAAAGAGCCCAAUUCCCAUGGAGAAAAUUCGUCGAGCUUGGCUGUCGCGCAAUGUAGGUUCAGCAGCAUACUGUCGCAACGUCGCGUUCACUAGAGAAAAGUCGAAGGCUGUCCUGAUCCAGAGAAGGAGAAAGACCGUCAAGGUCGCGAGUAAUACAUCUUCCGAAAUAAUUGAAAUUUCAGGCGAAUCGUUAACCUUCAGAUUCUUCCUAGUUAUUACUGAAGCUCAUUCCGAGUGCCGAUGACGAGGGAAAAAUUUGCAUUGAGAUACGAUUCCCACCACAUUCUGUCUUUCUACUUUCGACGUACUGGACGAAAUUUUCCUCGCGCGGCACCCUGGAGUUUCACGCAAUCGCUAAUUAGCAUUCACCGAUGAGGCGGUAAUGGACGUCCUCUAAAGUAAAAGUCGUGGCCCAUAUAGCGAAGCAUUAUCAAGAUUUGUAUUGCAUAUAACGACGCGCGUGGAAUGGAAUGCGCUGACUUAGUAGGGCUGAGGAGCCGAGACUCGAAAUCGGCUCACAAUCAGACACCAAAAACAAUCGCGAUACUCGUCAUCUCCAGAGGUAACGACUCCACGACACGCUACUCGCUACUUGCUUUUUUUUUUUUAUUCUUUACCCGUUUGCCUGACUUUCCUCGACUUUUGUCGCGUACAAGUCUUCAGCGAGGCGAUGCUCUUUUUUUGCAAUCGAGUUCACGGUCUAGGUCAUGGUUUCGGCCUGUUGGACAUUUCUCCAGUCAAUCAAGUAGUAGCCGGCUAGUCAGCUAAUCGGUCUUCUUUCCUUCCUUGCCUACCCUUCAGUCUCUUCUCACAGCUGAUCUAACGGAUGCUGUUCUCUCUCUCUCUCUCUCUCUCUCUCUCUCUCUCUCUCUCUCUCUGCAAUAGCCUUGCCGUACAUCCACGUGCAAAAGUCUGAAAUGUUCGCACAUCACCUGAUCGCCGGAGCGCCCAUUUCACGCAGGCCAUCUCUCUCUCUCUCUCUCUUACUUCUCAGGGGCUUUCAUAAGCGACUUUUCCCUUUUCGCAAGGUGAAUCGAACAAUCGAAAAAACGAGGAAACCGAGAUAUCUUUAGCUAGAACAACCCACGAGCACCUGAUCAGCUAUAGAAGAGAACUUCCCGGUGGCCUUGGACUCCUUGAAAUCCGGCAGGAACUUGGCAGAAGGCCAAGCGGGAUGCAUCUCGAGGAGCUUCGAGACAAAUUGGCUUCUAGCAUCGAUCGAGGAAUAUAUAGGACGCAGUACACGACCUUUCUCUUUCUCUGGCGAUUCGCUUCAGCCUCCGUAGAUGCGACAGAAACCAAGAGUCGAAAGACGGUCAGCCGUCUGAUUCGCUUUGGCGGCUCAUUGGAUUUCCGGAAAGUUGCGGUCGGCUCGAAAAGCAACUAUUGCCGGGCAUUGAAAAAAGUAGGUCGAUUCAGGCGCAGCCACUUGGCCAGGCUCGCUGCAUCCAUUGCACGUAUACGCGACUAGAUAUCUUGCUCUCGCUGAAUACACGGAACGAAUUGAUCUUCGAUUUGCAGCUCGAAGCGAAAACGAAUCGUAAAACGAAACGAAUGCUUUUUCGCUUCAAUCGAUCACGUUGUAAUUACUGUCUUAACGGAUAAUGGAGAAAGAGCUUGAAUAAAUUAGACUCGCAAGACACUAGUCGUACGUCGUCCUUAAAGCGUCUAGCCACUUCAAACGUUACGCGUGUGCCGUCGCUCUGCGAUGCAAUCUUUCCGGUGUCAUCUGGUCCAGACACCAGGAUGCAAGAGUACUUUGGAUUGCCGACUUGUUAUUCCUCCUUUCGUUUGAGACACCUAUUGUCUGGACUGGCCAGCAAGAUCUUAGUCGACAGUGCACAUGUGCUUUGUGUAAAGUGUAAAAAGAAACACGAUUGGCAAUCCAAUCUGAUUUAAAUUACUGAUCGGAGUGCUGGAGCUCGGUUAUCAGCCAAUUUGUAUCUCGACAGAGAACAAAGUGGAUUAGCCGAAAUCGUGGACGUGUCUAGAGACUUUAGAGGAAUCGUCUAUGAGAUUUCCAGUAACGUUUAGACACUCGUUGACAUAGAAAUCGGCAGCAAUCGAUUACGACCUCGAAUUACGAAGAAGGGACCGUCGUCCCAGCGAACCCGGGAGAGCGCAAGAUCGAUUAGAGACUUUUUCAUAAUUCUCCUUUAUUUUGGAUGUUAUUUUUUUUUUCACAAACGCACAAAACUUAUUUGUAAAUAUAUUUUGAUUGUUUUUUUUUUUUUUUUUUUCAUUAUGCAAUUGUCCGUUAAUCACUUGCCAACGAAUGGAUUUCGAGGGUCUUAAUUAUUGGGAUUAUCUAUUAGUUUUAUUGCCGAUAGGUAUAUUAGGAUAGAAUAUGUAGAUUGAGAUAUCUUCGUUACUGUACCAUUUGAACUUGAAUUGGAAACGCUUACGACAAUCUAGAAUGUUUUUUUAUGUGCUAUAUUUCUUUAUUUAUAUUGAAACUGUGUAAAAGUAUCAGUAAAAUACGAUCAUUGCAUAAUGUCAGGUUCAUUUGGCACGCAUGAGAUUCAAGAGUGUCGAGUGCGGCUGAUCAAAAAUGAGUGCAUCAAUGACUUAUUGCGUAAGAUAAUACUGGAUUGUACGGAGGUUACUGCCCUUAGAAGACAUCGAGAGGAGAAGUGAUUAGCGAUUGACGACUAGUGUAAUAAUCGCGAUAGUUGUAAAUAGUCUUAUGAAAUAAAGAACGAUUUAAAUGGAGUGUGUGUGUGUGUGAGAGAGAGAGAGAGAGAGAGAAAGAGAUAAGAACAUCUGCACGCGAGUAAGAUGAGAAGGAAAAAGAAGAGAAGAGGUGUCGGGCUCAGAAUUUUUUUUUAAUUUUCAAUCGAUAUCGUCGUAUCCUUAGGACCGUCCGAAAGUACGUAAAAGGAUCUUUUGAGUUUGAUUUGUAUAAAAGUGAAUAGAAUGUCGCAUAGCUUCGAUUCUCGUGUCCCUCCCCUGCGACCCUUUUCACUGUUCCGUUUUCUUCGUUGAAGCGAGCGGUUGUCGAAAGUCCCUCGCGGAGACGUUUGCACAAAUGGCAUGUCCGAUUUCGGGAUCCUCGGUGAUCGGCCGAUUCUCAUAAUUUCGCCCGUUUUACAUUUUUCGUCUCUGCGGAUUAAAUUUCUUUUGUCUUACGACACUCGUAUUUCUCUUUUCUUUUUUUCUUUUCCACCGCUGACGACCGAUCGGGCAUGCAUCGUGUACCGCUCUGUGAUAAAUAAUAGUUUGCGCGGGUGCGACAAUACGAAUGCGUUCACUAGGAAACUGACAUUUUUCAUAUUCCUGCGCACUUUUGUUAUCGUGUAUAUAUACCUAAUAACGAGAAAUAAAGAUAAAAAUUGAAAAUUGUA